AGAAGCUGUACAGUAGUGGAGAUUCUCUGGUUCUACAGCUGGAGUGUUUUUGGGGGGUUUGGUUCCACAUCUCUGGAGGAACAGGAUCAGCUGAUCUAUAGAAGAAUGAAUGCCGUUCUGGUCCAAGUCUUCUCCUGAUGCUAGUAUCGACCUUUGUACAUGGCUGAAAUCUUUCUCCACAAACAACCAAUCAGGAGAUUUCACAAAAAGCACAAGGCAUCCAGAAGAAUUACUAUAUUAUCUACUACCUGCAGAAUCUGUUUGCUCUAUCUCACAAAAAAGAAAUGAAGCCAAAUCCAGGCAUGGAGAAAAGUCACCCCUGUUUAGAGUGUGGGAAGAGUUUUAAUUGGUUGAGUCAUCUCCAACUUCACCAGCGCAUUCACACUGGAGAGAAACCGUAUCCUUGUUCAGAAUGCGGGAAGAGUUUUUAUCGACCGAGUCAUCUUCAAGAACACCAGCGCAUUCACACUGGAGAGAAACCGUAUCACUGCUCAGAAUGCGGAAAGAGUUUUAUUACACAAAGUAGCCUCACGACACACCGGCUCAUUCACACUGGAGAGAAACCGCAUUACUGUUCAGAUUGUGGAAGGAGUUUUAGUCGACAGAAUAAUCUCAUCAGACACCAGCACAUUCACACCGGAGAGAAACCAUAUCUCUGUUCAGACUGUGGUAAGAGUUUUAUUCGACAGAAUCAUCUCCUAGAACAUCAGCGCAUUCACACUGGAGAGAAACCCUAUCACUGCUCAGAAUGUUGGAAGAGCUUUAAUUUCCUGAGUAAUCUGAAAGAUCACCAGCGCGUUCACACUGGAGAAAAACCGUAUCACUGCCCAGAGUGUGGGAAGAGUUUUCCGAUACAGAGUUCUCUCAAAAGACACAUGCGCAUUCACACAGGAGAGAAACCGUAUCACUGCUCAUACUGUGAGAUGAGUUUUAAUCGACUCAGUAGUCUAAUAACACACCAGGAUCUACACACAAGUGUGUUAAAAUCAGAGACAGAGACGGGCGGAAACAGUCCUUCAACCACUCCAGUUACUUAAAUAGAGAAUUGAACACAAAAAACCUCUAGGAUCACUUGCUAUUAUUGAUUAUUUUAAAAAUGGGUUUCGUAGAGGCGUAUAUAAUCUGUAAAUCACAAUAUCUGUGCUGUGUUAUAAAGACACAAGACCUGGCUAAAAUAAAAAAAAACAGUCUCCACCAUUUAACUAAGUAACAGGGUUCUUGCACCAUUUUAAAAGUAAAAUGCAAUGCUUUUUUAGAUCUCAAAAAAAUAUAAUUUAAGACCCAAAAAUGUAGUCAUAAUUUCAUUGCAGAAAAUAUUUUAUUGUAUUGAAAGUUAAAACUUAAAAAAUAUGCUAAAUAAAAUUGUAUGUUAUUUAUUAUAGACUUGACCAAGACUUAUUUGGACCUUCCAGUUAGCUAGCUCGCCACUAACGUUAGCCAGCUCUCUGCUAACCUUAGCUAGCUCUCGGCUAAUGUUAGCUAGCUUUCAGCUAAUGUUACCUAGCUCUUUGCUUACCUUAGUUCUCUCCCCGCUAAUGUUAGCUAGCUCAUUGCUAAUGUUAGCUAGCUCGUUGCUAAUGUUAGCUAGCUCUCCGCUAACCUUAGUUCUUUUCCCGGUAUUUUAGCUAGCUCACCGCUAAUGUUAGCUAGCUCUCCGCUAACCUUAGCUCUCUCCCCGCUAAUGUUAGCUAGCUCGUUGCUAAAGUUAGCCCCUCUUUCUGGUAACGUUACUGGGGAGAGAACUAAGGUUAGCGAAGAGCUAACUAACAUUAGCAGCAAGCUAGCUAACAUUAGUCAAGGGCUAGCUAAAGUUAACAGAGAGCUAUUGGUGGCGAGUUAGCUAGCUAACAUGCUAAUAUAUUAACUUCAUCGACAAGCUAGCUAACAUUAGCGGCGAGAGAACUAAGGUUAGUGAAGAGCUAGCUAAUGUUAGCGGUGAGCUAGCAUUGCUAAAGUUAGCUUUCCCCCCAGUAACGUUACUGGGAAGAGAGCUAACUUUAGCAACAAGCUAGCUAUUGUUAACGGGGAGAGAGCUAAGGUUAGCGGAGAGCUAGCUAACGUCAGCAGUGAGCUUGUUCUCCACUAACCUUUGUUCUCUCUCCAGUAACUUUAGCUAGCUCGUUGGUACUUCCCGGUAAUGUUAGCUAGCUUUUCGCUUAUAUUAGUAUAUACUUUCCCACUGGCAAUUAAACGCACCGUCUGAAAAUGUAAUACUUACAGCAAAUUUACAGUAAAUUUAAGACAAUAAAGACCUUUAUUAUCCGGAUUUUAAUUUAAGACAUUUUAAGACUUUUUAAGGACCCUGAAUAUACUGAAUAUAGACCAAAUCCGAUGUAUUCCAUCAAUGGAUUUUUUCAUCCCUGAUGGCACUACCAUAUUCCAAGAUUAACAAUGUCAGGAUUGAUGGUGCUGGAAUUGUGAAAGAGUUCAGGGUUCAGGGAGCAUGAGAUCAUCAUUUUCACACAUGAAUUGAGAAAGUUCACCACAGAGUCCAGACCUUAACCUCAUUGAGAAUCUUUGGGAUGUGCUGGAUGGAGAAGAGCUGCUUUGUGCAGUGGUCAGACUCUACUAUCAUCAAUGCUGCUGUAAGAUCUUGGUGAAAAAUGAAUCCAGCAUCAUUGGAUUUAAAUAAAUCGUGUGACAUUGCAGAAGAUCAAACAAUGCAACAGUGAAUGCGUAAUGCAAUCAAAGCUUUUUUUUUUGGUGGCGACUCUUUUUUUUUGGUCAGGCAUUGUAGAUUGGUGUUGUUUGUUGUGCAAUGUAAUACAAUUCUUGAUUCUGGAUAAUCCAAAUAUAAUAUUGACUAUAGUCAAAAGUUGUAGCUAUCAUAUACAUUUGAUUGGUGAGUCAGAAGAAAUCUGAUAAAUGUUAAAAGGUCUUGUCUUGGGUUGUGUACUUUAUAUUUUUUCUCAAAUCAUAGUGGAAUCAUUUUCAUAUCUACUGUAGUCAAUGAAAUUAUUAUUAUUUAAUGAGUGUCCUUAGUGAGGUAAUUUUUUAAAAUUGCAUGGACAAUUUGAAAGUUAGUUAAUGCAUGAGCAUGCAGAAUUAUAUAAUAUGAUACCUGAAUGGAAGGACCUAGCCGGCCUGCUAAUCAUUAAUCUUGUGCUGAGGUAAAUAUGAAAAGUAGAACCAAUAAAAUAUUAUUUAAUUCAACAA